AUGGCGACGCUUUCGAAGGUGGUCCUGCAGACAACCCAACGGGUGGUCCUGCGAGUGACCGUGCAGAUGAUCGUAGAGGCAUUGUGCCUCCUGACUACAGUCGGGAUGAUAUUCCGGAGGGCAUCUCGUAUCCUGCUCGCGAUCCUGGAGGUGGUCGAGGAGAUAUUCAACAUUCUGCUGGUGGCCAUGGAGUGGGGCUUGAGGUCACUCUGUAUCCUGAAUAUGCUCUUCCAACGCUACCUGGAGUUCCAGCUCGAGGAUCCGCGUCAAUCCCGCACCCAGGGCCCCAUCCAGGAUGCAGCAAAUCUCCGGGGACGCCUCCAGGAUCCGCGCCAAUACCGCACCCAGGGCCCCAUCCAGGAUGCAGCAAACCUCCGGGGACACCUCCAGGAUCCGCGUCAAUCCCGCACCCAGGGCCACAUCCAGGAUGCAGCAAACCUCCGGGGACGCCUCCAGAUUGUCCAUGAAUUCCGCACCGAGAGCCCCACCCAGGAUGCAGCAAACCUCCGGGGACGCCUCCAGGUUCUCCAUCAAUACCGCUCCGAGAGCCCCAUCCAGGAUGCAGCAAACCUCCGGGGACACCCCGAGGUUAUCCAUCAAUACCGCUCCGAGAGACCCAUCCAGGAUGCAGCAAACCUCCGGGGACACCCCGAGGUGAUCCAUCAAUACCGCUCCGAGAGCCCCAUCCAGGAUGCAGCAAACCUCCGGGGACACCCCGAGGUGAUCCAUCAAUACCGCUCCGAGAGACCCAUCCAGGAUGCAGCAAACCUCCGGGGACACCCCGAGGUUAUCCAUCAAUACCGCUCCGAGAGCCCCAGCCAGGAAGCAGCAAACCUCCGGGGACACCUCGAGGUUCUCCGUCUAUUCCGCUCCCAGAGCCCCAGCCAGGAAGCAGCAAACCUCCGGGGACACCUCGAGGUUCUCCGUCUAUUCCGCUCCCAGAGCCCCAUCCAGGAAGCAGCAAACCUCCAGGGACACCUCCAGGGUGCUUGA